AUGAAUGAAUCCACAGAUAGCAGGCUAUGUCUGGGGCGUGUGCCAGCGCAGAGUGGACCGCUCCCCAAGCCCUCCCUCCAGGCUCUGCCCAGCUCCCUGGUGCCCCUGGAGAAGCCAGUGACCCUCCGGUGCCAGGGACCUCCGGGCGUGGACCUGUACCGCCUGGAGAAGCUGAGUUCCAGCAGCUACCAGGAUCAGGCGGUCCUCUUCAUCCCGGCCAUGAAGACACAUCUGGCUGGACGCUACCGCUGCUCCUACCAGAACAGAAGCCUCUGGUCCCUGCCCAGCGACCAGCUGGAGCUCGUUGCCACCGGAGUUUUUGCCAAGCCCUCGCUCUCAGCCCAGCCAGGCCCGGCGGUGUCCUCAGGAGGGGACGUAACCCUACAGUGUCAGACUCAGGAAGGCUUUGACCAAUUUGCUCUGUACAAGGAAGGGGACCCUGCGCCCUACAAGAAUUCCGAGAGAUGGUACCGGGCUAGUUUCCCCAUCAUCACAGUGACCGCCGCCCACAGCGGAACCUACCGAUGCUACAGCUUCUCCAGCGGGAACCCAUACCUGUGGUCGGCCCCCAGCGACCCCCUGGAGCUCCUGGUCACAGGAACCUCCGUGACCCCCAGCCUGUUACCAACAGAACCACCUUCCUCGGUAGCAGGUCCCGCCCGCCAGUACUACACCACGGGCAACCUGGUCCGGAUAUGCCUCGGGGCUGUGAUCCUAAUACUCCUGGCGGGGUUUCUGGCCGAGGACUGGCACAGCCGCCGGAGGAAGCGCCUGCGGCACAGGGUCAGGGCUGUGCAGAGGCCGCUUCCGCCCCUCCCGCAGACCCGGAAAUCACACGGGGGGCAGGAUGGAGGCCGACCGGAUGUUCACAGCCGCGGGUUACGUUCAUGACCACUGAACCCCAGGCACGGUCGUAUCCAAGGGACGGAUCAUGGCAUGGGAGGCGACUCAAAGACUGUGGCGUGUGUGGGGCGUGGAAGCAGGAGGGCAGAGGCUCCAGCUGUGGAAAGGAGGCCAUGCUGCCUCCUCCUGGUGUUCCAUCAAGGAGCCGUUCAGCCAGUGUCUGUCUGGCUGGCUGGCUCUCUGU